AUGGCGAAUUUCGUCGGUAAUUUAGGAGUGUUUGAUCACAAAUCACAGGACUGGCGAAUUUUUCACAGUCGACUCAGCCAAUUUUUGUUAUUGAAUAGUGUAGUUGACGAUGCAAAAAAGUGCGCAGUGUUGCUAACUCAUUUCUCCGAGGAAUCAUAUAGAUUAACAAGCAACUUAUUGCAUCCAAAGAAGGUGGAAGACGUUAAGUUUGCGGACCUAGUGAAAGUACUCAAUGACCAUUUUACUCCGAGGAGGUCGACGUUCGCUGAUCGAGCGAAGUUUUAUGAGGCGACCAUAAAGACAGGCGAGAGUCUCGAAGAUUGGGCGGCUCGGCUGAGAGGGCUUGCGGUGUAUUGCGAGUUCGGGUCGGCGCUGGACAUCUUGUUGCGUGAUCGUUUCGUGUUGGGGUUGAAGGCGGGUCCUGAGCGUGAUCGGCUUUUCGAAAAGGAUUCGUCAACGCUAACCCUGACGCAAGCGCUGGAGGUGGCGCAGCAGGCGGCGUGCGCUCGGGCAGCGCGCGCCAACGUGGCGCAGGCGGAGCCGGUGCAGGUGAAGGAGGAGCCGGUAUUCCGCGCCAGCGCAGGCCGCGCUGGCGGCGCUCGCGCUACUUCGGGCAGUAGCGGCGGCGACGGCGCGUCUUUGUGCUCCGUUUGCGGCCGCAAGAAUCACGAUGCAGCAAAGUGCCGUUUUAAGGGGUAUCGGUGUCAAAGUUGUGGUCAAAAAGGCCAUUUGAAAAAAGUGUGUGCGCAAAAAGGCAGUGGCGGCAAAUCUAGGCUUCACUGCAUACAAACGGAAUCGGACGACUCCGAUGUGUGUAAAGAAUGCGAGGUUUUUAACGCAAGAAGGUCUCAAAAUAAUGGUGGAGGAAUGUGAUGUUUUGUCGAUCUACCCCAAGCGUGAUCAAUAAAUGAGU